CGGGAAGGAAACCGGAGCGCCUGCGCCGCGGACGUUGCCGGAAGAGCUGCGGGUGGGUGGAGGGGGGGGGUCGCACCGCGCCGCGGACCGGGGCAGCAGCAAGAUGCUGCCAACCACGUCAGUUAAUUCUCGGAGCCAGGGCAACGGUGCGCUGAGUCCCAGAGAUGCUGCGAGGCACACAGCUGGGGCAAAACGCUACAAGUACCUGCGGAGGCUCUUCCACUUCCGACAGAUGGACUUCGAGUUUGCUCUUUGGCAGAUGCUUUACCUGUUUACUUCACCACAGAGGGUUUAUAGGAACUUUCACUACAGAAAACAGACGAAGGACCAAUGGGCAAGAGAUGAUCCUGCUUUCUUAGUGCUUCUCAGUAUCUGGCUCUGCGUGUCUACUGUAGGAUUUGGAUUUGUGCUGGACAUGGGUUUUUUUGAAACAAUAAAGCUGCUACUUUGGGUUGUAUUCAUAGACUGUGUAGGCGUUGGCCUCCUGAUUGCAACUCUAAUGUGGUUCAUUUCUAAUAAGUACUUGGUGAAGCAGCAGAACAGAGACUAUGAUGUGGAGUGGGGAUAUGCCUUUGAUGUUCAUCUGAAUGCUUUCUAUCCACUUCUAGUCAUUUUGCAUUUUAUCCAGCUGUUUUUCAUCAACUAUGUCAUCAUAUCUGAUUCUGUCAUUGGGUAUUUUGUUGGGAAUACAUUAUGGCUGAUUGCAAUCGGCUAUUACAUCUAUGUGACAUUUCUAGGAUACAGUGGCAUUUGCCACCAUUUGAGAUGCACUUGGGUAUACAACCUCGUCCCAGGCUGGCAAGAUGCAAUUAUGACGUCUCAGAGACUCAAGCCCUUCUGUAAAUCAGCUUGUCACACUUCCAACUAAAUGGGCUCACAGUUUUCCUGGUGAUUCAUCUCUGCCUAAUGCUUUCAAUAGUAUAGGGCAGGAGAAGAGAAAAAUAUGAGAAACCCUAAUCAAACACCAGCUGAAAAAUGGGACUAAUCAGAUGUUUCUGGAAUGUUUACGGGACUGAAACCAUCAUUUCUGGAUGACACCUGCUGAGGUAGUCUGUCAGUCACACCUGCUUCCAUAGGAAAUGGACCUUCCCAUGCAGUGUCAGAGAGAUCCACAAUACCACACGAUUCUGAAGACAAAAACAUCCCCACAUUAUUGCUCCAAUCUCAAUGGAAGCAGACUGACUAAAGAGACAGUUUAUCCUCUUCCAGGAGGUAUACACAGUCAUGCUGCUCUGGAAUCCUUUUCUUCUUCUGCCCAAGGAGAGAGAGCAAUAGAACCACAGUGUACAUUUUUUCCUUUGACUAGCUCAUCUUCUGAAGAGCACAAGGAUUACAGUCUUCAGUUGUCAUCUAUGGUGAAAAGACACUCACAGACCAUGUCACUUAAAACCUGAACGUUAAGGUAAGGGAUCCUUACCUACAAUUAAAUAAGCAGAGAAAGACUGAGGGCAAGAGUAGGCAUUUACUCUUUUCUCUAAUUUAAGUUAUCCUAAUUUUACCUAAAAUAGAAACAGGCUUUCAGCAAACAAAUUAUUUA